AUGUUUGAAAACUCAGCAAAGGAAUCACUGAUGUCAUCUUCAAGAAGUUCAGGGUCUCCAGAUGUAUCUGCACUUGUCACUCCUAAUAAUAUUGAAGAAGUAAAAGAACCGGAAUUAUUGAAAAUCAUACCACCCCAAGGGCCACCUCCGUCUUCCUCAGGAUCUAUUUCUCUAGAAGAUUUCAAACCUUCAUUUAAUUAUGAUUUGGAAGUGUUUAAUUUAUGUAAAGAAUACCUUAAUACUAGAAAUCAUCAUGGUUUGGCAUUGAUUACUAGACAAAAGGGGAUUCCUCCAUUUCUCAGGUUUAAAGUCUGGCCAAUAUUAUUAAAAUCACAUCCAUUCGUCAUCAAUCCAUUUAUACAACCAGAUCAAGAUUUAAUGAAAGAAUCAAGUAGUUCGAGCACAUCAAGCUCAACAUCCACAACUGGUAGUCCGAUUAAUAGUGAACAUUCAAGUAUUAAAGAUGGAAUUUUAAAUCAGGGUAAUGAUACCAGGGAAGAGCCACAGCCACAACCAAGUGAUCCACAUGAAGAGAUUAGACAAAAGAUAAAACGUGAUCUUGGUAAAUACAUUCAAAGACUCAAAUAUUCUCAAUCAAAAUAUACUGUUAGUGAAUUGGAACAUCAAAUACUAUCGAUUUUGGAAGAUUCAGUAUUGAAAUUUAUUUUAAAAUGGGGGAAAAUUAUCAAAUAUGAUCUGUCUUUGACCUGGGUUGCUUUGAAUUUAGCAGAAUGGUUUCCUCCAAUUCCAAAAACUCCGUGGGUUUUGGUUGGUAGAGAUUAUUCUACUGCUGACUCAUCUUUGGUUAUUAAUUUAAUGGAUGAUUAUUCAAAUUAUAUUGACAAUAUCCCAGAUUUAAAAAGUUACCUUGAGAAUUUGAUUUAUAAUGAUGAAAAGAUUUCCAAUAUGUCAUUUAGAGAAGUUUUUGAGAGAUUGGUAUUGGUAUUGUUGCAUUGUCCUGAACCCGAAUCAAGAAGGAAAAAAUCAGAAGUAUCGAAACAUGCAUCUGAUUUGGAUCACUCACAUGUACAAUCUAUGAAAGUAAAUAAAACUACAUUACCUAAAACAGGAGGAACUAUUGAAGAAAGGGUCUCGUAUUUUAUUUAUUGCUUACGUAAGCUAUUACCUGAAUUAUCACAAUAUUUCCAUGAAGAACAAAUUUUAACCAAAUUUGGAUGUUUGGAUGAUGAAUGGUUAAUUUGGUGGUUGAAAUUUUGUGGUACAAAAGUUUGGUCCAAAUAUGACAGAGGUAGGAUCUGGGAUUUUAUGUUGGGCUGGAGAUUGAAAAACCCUCGAAGGGAUUUUAACUACUAUUAUGAAAAAUUAAACUAUGUCAAUAGAAAUACUUUGGAGAAAUUAGGUCCAGAUAUAUUCUGGUCUGUUGGAUCCGAAGAUAAUAAUAAUGUUGAAAGAUUUAAAAAUAAUCAAGGUUUAACUAGAGAUAAAAAGACAAGUUCAUUUAAAGAUUUGAUUAAUGAUUUACAUAAUGAUUUGCAUAUUUCCAAAAAAGUAUCUACAUCGCCAGGUGUACGAAAUACUUCACAUUCAUCAAUCUUGGAUUCAAGUCCAAAUUUUUCAAUUCCUUUUUCUAGAGUUGAUCCUCAUAUUGCAUUGAUUUUUAUUUCAUUGUCAUUAUUAAAAUCAAAAGAAAAUACAUUGGUUGAAUUAGAUCAACAUGAAAUACGACAAUAUUUAUCACGAUUACCAACCAAAUCAUACAAGUAUAAACUGAAGAAUAAAAUGAAUGCUACUCAAAAAAGGAUGAGUAGUUCUUCAAAUUCUUCAUCUAAUUCAACAUCUCCAUUGGGUCUGCCACUGAAUUUGAAUUCUAAUACUGAUGAUCCUAUAUUGUUACCCACCAAUAGAAUUAUCAUCAGUAAUGAUUCGAAUUUUGAUCUGAAACAUAAAGUAAAUUUCAUAGAUAAUAUUAUUUUAGAAAGUGGAGAAUUAUGGAGAAAAUGGUUAUGGCUGGAAAUGAUUGAUGAUAAUUAA